UUCGGAAGAGGGUUUGCAGAGAAACUUGUUGCUGAGCGUAUGGGAAAGGUAAGCAGAGAGAAGAAAGGGGCACGUCAAAUCAAGUCAGAAUCCCUACUCGGUAUCCUGCGCGAGGUCUUGUCUGGCAUCAAACCUAUAGCUGACAGGGUUCAGAUCGAGCAACAUAUGUUGUGUCACUUCCUCUCAGAGCUGAACGAACGCAAAGAAUUAAAGGCUUGCGCCUCGGGCUGUGAUGCCAUCCAAAUGAGGCACCUUCGCUUACUUAUCGAUCAUCUCGAGAACGAAUAUGCCUCUGUGUCGCAACGUCUUGGUUCGAUGCUGCAGCACGGCCAGAUUACCUAUGGUCUUCUUUGGGCGCUUUUCAAACCAGGUUCCCAUGUUUUUGCAACAUGUUUUGGUACAAAAGAACCACGGUGUGUCAUCUUCGACGCUGGGGAAGAGAUCACACAGAACGAUGAGACUUGGUUCAACCUUGAAUGCCGAUUCAUUGAUUAUGACGGAGUCAAAUUCGGCGAGGCCGGUAUCUUUCUACGCGUGGCAAAGUUCCGAGGGUCGAAGCCGAUCGAGAGCCUUGAGGCUUUCCCUCUCCGCCACCAUCAAAGUCACGAGCAAGUCCGGAAAGACCUAGUCGGAAGAGGCCAUAAGUUUCUGGAAUUCGCCGGCUCGCACAUUCGGCACUGUAAAGGCAGUGCGUUCUUUAUGAGUAAGGGAAAGGUUGUCAAAGUCAAAAUCGACAGUCGAGUGACCGUGGACACAGCAUUUUUCCAUGACAUGCAGCCAAAUUACUCCCGACCUUCUCUCCGCGAUCUAGGGGUGAAAGAAAAAGAUGGCAUUCAAGUCUUUGAUAUUGACGCAAUGUUCAUGGAGGACCGUGAGCGAGAGAAGGAGAGAAUGCGAGGAGACGGCGUGGAUGCACGGAAGCUGAGCGAAGCCGAUUUACUAGUCGCGUGCCCAACAGUUUGCUGUUUCAGUUUCAAGGAGAAAAUAUUCUUGGAGUGCGCAGUCAGUGCUCUUAGGGACAUUGACUGGUUACCUGGAUCAUUCGAUUGUCUUCAGAUUCCAUCGGACACCAAGACAAUGCUCUUGUCGCUGGCGAAAACGCGUCUAGGUCUUAUACCCACCGUACCUUUUGACGACGUGAUCGAUGGUAAAGGCCAAGGGCUCAACGUGCUGCUGAAUGGUCCGCCAGGCGUCCGCAAGACUUUUACUGUCGAGGCAACGUCGGAGUAUUUCAAGCGCCCUCUCUACUCGAUAUCUGCGGGUGAGCUUGUUGUCGACCAUGGGGACUCCCACGCAGUUGAAUCACAAUUUGAAAUCAUCUUCAAAAUUGCAAAGCAUUUCAAUGCCAUUCUUCUUCUGGACGAAGCGGAUGCGUUCAUGGCGAGUCGGAACGAGCUCCACGAUAGUCACAAUCGCCUGGUCACUGUAUUCCUCCGAAAGCUUGAGUAUUACCAGGGAGUGCUUUUCUUGACCUCAAACCGGGGUAUACACUUUGAUGAAGCAAUACUGAGCCGAACUCAUCUGGUAUUUGAGUAUGAGGAUUUAACAAGAGACUUCCGCAGGGAUCUCUGGUCCACCUUCUUAGCCAAAGCCCGGACAAUGCAAGGACCCGCAGUGGUUGAGGAGGACGACAUCCAGCAUUUGGAGUCUUUGGCUCUCAAUGGACGAGAGAUCAAAAACAUCGCCGCAAUUGCACAUGCUCUUGCUGAGGCAGAUGCAGCGCAGGUCAGCUAUAAGUAUCUGGAGUUAGCAGCGGAAUCGAACAAGAAAUUCUCGAAGGAAUUUGGCAGGAAGGGCCCUGUUGAAGGAAUGUAUGUCUAA